UCCCUCUCGCUUCUCCUGCUAUAAAGUCGUGGUCUCACACACCCUUGCGCCGCCGCCGCCGCCGCAUCAGUUUCUCUUCGUCCUCCCGCAGCCUCCCCGAAGAGAUCAAAGUCGCUCUUGUGCCACUUCCCCUCCAGCUGCCACCAUGCAGAAUGAGGAGGGAGCCAUGGUGGACCUCUACGUCCCCAGGAAGUGCUCCGCCACCAACAGGAUCAUCACGGCCAAGGACCAUGCCUCUGUCCAGAUCAACAUUGGUCACGUUGAUGAGAAUGGCCUCUAUGAUGGCCGCUUCACCACCUUUGCUCUCUCUGGGUUCGUCCGUGCUCAGGGUGAUGCUGAUGGCUCCCUGGACAGGCUGUGGCAGAAGAAGAAGGCUGAGGUCAAGCAGCUCUAAAUGUUGCUAGUAGUUUUACCUGGAACUUGUUUCCUUCCCAUGUCUACCUAGCUCUUGGAUGUAUGUUCUUGGUGUCAGUUCGCUGCUACUAUGGAAGCUAAGACUUUGAUAUCACUUGACCUGGUUUCUUGUGAACAUGUUUUGAGUUUAAUAUGUGUUGAAUGGUUGAUA